AUGAAAGCCAAGCACAAACUCCGCCAAGUUAUCGACUCACUUUACUGUCGUGGCCAAGUUACCAAUGAAGAAGCAUACACUCGCCUCGUGCUCCAAUGUGCACGAGCCGGUGAUGUUGAAGAAGCCAAGAGAUUGGAGGCCCAUAUGGAACUCCAUUCAUAUCAACCCACCAACACAUUCCUCGAAAAUCGUCUCCUUCAUUUGUAUGCAAAAGCGGGGAAGUUAUCUUACGCUCGCAACCUGUUUGACAAAAUGCCGAAAAGAGAUAUUUUUUCUUGGAAUGCUAUGCUUUCUGCGUAUGCAAAAUCCGGGUCGAUCGAGGAUUUGAAAGCAGUAUUUAGUCAAAUGCCGUUUCGUGAUUCUGUUUCGUAUAACACAGUGAUUGCGGGUUUUGCAAGUAAAAGUUGUUCGCAUGAGGCAUUGGAGAUCUUUUUGAGAAUGCAAGAAGAUGGAUUUGAGCCUUCCGAUUAUACUCACGUGAGCGCAUUAAAUGCAUGUGCACAAUUAUUGGAUUUGAGGCGCGGGAAGCAGAUUCAUGGGAAGAUUGUUGUUCGUAAUUUGGGAGGUAAUGCUUUUGUUUGGAAUUCUCUUACUGAUAUGUAUGCAAAGUGUGGAGAGAUUGAUAAAGCAAGGUGGCUGUUCAAUCAAAUGAAUAAUAAGAACGUGGUUUCAUGGAAUUUGAUGAUUUCUGGAUAUCUGAGAAAUGGGCAGCCUGGGAAAUGUAUUGAUUUGUUUCAUGAAAUGCAGGUGUUGGGCUUGAGACCAGAUGACGUUACAGUUUCAAAUGUUCUUGCGGCUUACUUUCAAAUUGGGUGUAUAGAUGAGGCAGACAAGUUAUUCUGUGUAAUUAGAGAAAAGGAUAAGGUUUGUUGGACGACAAUGAUUGUUGGUUAUGCACAACAUGGGAAGGAAGAGGAUGCUUUGAGGUUGUUUGGUGAGAUGCUAUUAGAAGAUGUAAGGCCCGACUGUUUUACUGUCUCAAGUGUGGUUAGUUCAUGUGCCAAACUAGCGACUCUCCAUCAUGGUCAGGUUGUUCAUGGGAAAGCAGUUCUUUUGGGGGUUGAUGACGAUUUGCAAGUGUCUAGUGCCCUUGUUGAUAUGUAUUGUAAAUGUGGAGUUACUAAUGAUGCUCAGAUCGCAUUCAAUAUGAUGUCAGUAAGAAAUGUUGUUUCUUGGAAUUCCAUGAUCAAUGGUUAUGCACAAAAUGGACAAGAUUUAGAGGCUUUGAAUCUGUAUGAAAAAAUGCUGCAAGAAAACUUAAAACCAGAUGGUUUUACCUUUGUGGCUGUUCUAUGUGCUUGUAUCCAUACUGGUUUAUUUGAGCAUGGGCAAACAUAUUUUAAUUCAAUCAGUGAACUCCAUGGAUUAACACCAUCUCUGGAUCAUUAUGCCUGCAUGGUUAAUCUCCUUGGUCGUUCAGGUGAAAUUGAUAAAGCGGUGGAUCUGAUUAAAAGCAUGCCCCAUGGACCGAAUUCCCUAAUUUGGUCCACACUUUUAUCUGUUUGUGCUGUAAAAGGUGACAUCAAGCAUGGUGAGAUGGCUGCUAGGUGUCUCUUUGAAUUAGAACCACUCAAUGCUGGUCCUUACAUCAUGCUUUCCAACAUGUAUGCUGCUUGUGGAAGAUGGGAAGAAGUGGCUUCCAUUAGGUCUCUCAUGAAAAACAAGAAUGCUAAGAAGUUUGCUGCUUACAGUUGGAUUGAAAUAGAUAACAAGGUCCACAAGUUUGUAUCAGAGGAUCGAACGCAUCCAGAAACUGAAAUUAUAUACAAAGAACUAAGAAGACUGAUCAAGAAGUUACAGGAAGCUGGCUUUACUCCUAAUACAAAAUUGGUUCUACAUGAUGUGAGGGAGGAAGACAAGUUUGAAUCUAUAUGUUACCACAGUGAGAAACUUGCUUUGGCAUUUGGUUUGAUCAAAAGACCUCAUGGAGUGACACCCAUACGGAUUAUGAAGAACAUUCGAGUUUGUGGCGACUGCCAUGUCUUUAUGAAGUUUGUGUCUAAAAUUAUUGGACGCCCUAUUAUAGUGAGAGAUUCUAACAGGUUCCAUCAUUUUGAGGGAGGGAAAUGCUCCUGCAAGGAUUACUGGUAAUGAGCACUCCAAGGGAAGAGGGUAAUGCUUAGUCUUCAUAUAACUAAAGUCUGGAAAGCAAACCUUCUUUAGCCAGGAUGGAUAACGUGAAGAAGCAAGAGCGAUCGUUAUAUACACAUAUUUGGAGGGUAAAAAUUGUUUAGAUUCUUGGAAACUUUCUAGAAGAAUAGUACACGAACUUCAAAUCAUGUAGGACGGCUACGCUGAGAAACUAGAAUGUUUUUGGAAUAACCAUCAAUACAGAAAUUUUUGAAAUCCCCUGAAGAGGCUGGAAUAAAUUUUUGGAGAUAAAACUACAGAAAUUAGGAAUUUCCGAAAGGUGCAUAGAGUUUUAAGAGUAGUGUUUAUUAAUAGAAGGUAACAACCCUCAAAGUUACAUAAAGCUUCGAGGAACAAAAUGUGAGCGGGAGGAUACAAAUAUGGUAGAGGACCAUUGUUUUUGAAAUAUUUGUUGACUUUCUUAUUUUCUUUUAAUGUUUCUCAUUAAAGGCUUGAAACUUAAUGAUUAUGAUGACCAUGAAUUCCAGAGGCGGCUAUGAUUUUCAGGGUAACAUAUAUGUAUAGUAUGUUAUUCCACACUGGCACAAGGAGAAGGGAAGGGGAAAUGGACGGGGGAAAUUUGAUGGAAGAAGUAGGCCUGCAUCUUAUGUAUUACAAAGAAACAUUAUUAAUGUUUUUGCUUCUAUUGCAGUCUCGAAAGGACCAAGGGACAUUGUUUAUGGGGUCCUGACAAAUUGAAUGAAACUAGGAGUUCUUUGGUUUUUAAUUAACUUGAGGAUCCAUGCAAAGCCUGUCGGUUGAUGGGUCUAGCCAUCUAGCGCAAAUGAACACAGUCGACAAUGGACUGUGCACAGAGACUAAUAUGAUUCGAUGGACUUAAGAGAGUCUUAUUUUGGGCUUAUGUUUUAUAUAUUGUUUUAACUUAAGAAAGAUGAUGAAGUUGGAAACAUGAUAUUGGAUUGAUAUUUUAAGAUCAUAAAGUUUGGUUGGUGAGCAUAUA